UAAAUUUCACUGUGCUAAGUGCAAUUCGUUUUGUAUAAUUAUGUUGUAUAUUUUACUGAAUUUAUCAGUUUAUUUAAUUGAUGAAAAAUUUUAUGUUACUUGGAUAUAAAAAAAUACAGAGUUUCACAAAAAGUAUUGCAGGGUUGCUCUACAAUAGUGGUGGUCAAGUAUACAAUAUUGCGUGAGGCAGCAGUCGGUAUUCGUGUGUGUUGUACAGGAAACCAAACCCCAGAACAACACCUGACAACAUCGGCCGUCCCUUUUCGGUAAUGGUUUGAACGAACUGCAGCUGUAAAUCUAGUUACAAUCCAAACAUUCGCACCGAAACGAACAAAUACAAAGAAAUACUAUUAAAGUAAACAAAAAAUAUACAUACAACACUCAACAGCGACAACAACAACAACAUACAAUUUUAGGCGCAAGUUAUAAAGUUAUAACCCAACAUUUGUGACUACAGCAACGUGGGAAGUGGCAGUAAGCUCAUAGAAAUCGGUUGGCAAGUGAAGCAACAGCAGCACCACCAACACCAGCACCACAAAAGCAUACCAAUACAAAAAGAACAAAAACAACAGCUAGAAGAUGGCAACAACUGCACGUAGCGGUGGCAAUGCCAGUGGCAGCACAGCUCAGCGCCCCAACGGUACACAGCAAAAUAAGAAUUGCCAAUUCAAAUUGGUGCUAUUGGGCGAAUCGGCGGUGGGCAAAUCAUCGCUGGUGCUACGUUUCGUUAAAGGGCAAUUCCACGAAUACCAAGAGAGUACGAUAGGCGCUGCAUUUCUAACACAAACCAUCUGCAUAGAGGAUACGGUGGUAAAAUUUGAAAUUUGGGAUACGGCCGGUCAAGAACGAUAUCACAGCUUAGCUCCUAUGUACUAUCGUGGUGCCCAAGCCGCCAUCGUUGUGUACGACAUACAAAAUCAAGACAGUUUUCAGCGUGCAAAAACCUGGGUCAAGGAACUGCAUAAACAACUAAGAAAUUACCUAAAAACGAUGGAGCACUCAAUCAAGGCGCUCCUGCUGGUAGAAGGCUGAAUGAUAAUGAAAAUAACCGACAAACAAAUAAUUGCUGCAAGUGAUGUCCUUUUGUAGAAAAUGAAAUUUCCAAUGAGAGAUUUGAAAAAAUUAUGCUGAUAAUUAUAAAUAAAAAAAUAAAUAUAUAAAUUACAUAAAAAAAAGAAACAAAAACAAACCAGAAUUAGAAAGCAGAAACAAAAGUAAGGAUGAUAAUGAUGAUGUUGAGUGUGGGAAAGCAACCAAUAAUAAUAUUAAUAUAUAAAAUUUAAAUUAUGGAAAAUUAUGAUAAUGAUGGUAAUGCUAUGAAAAUAGAUUAAAAUAAAGUCACAUUAAAAAUAGAAAAUAGAAAACCAGAAAAUUAAAAAAAAAUUAACGAAAAACCUUACCAAACAGGAACAAACGCCCCCUUUUCAGCUCCCUCAUCCGCGCAUCAAAGAGCAGCGUUUAAGGACUCACUACAGCCGCCUGUGUGGCAACUGUCAACAGUGUACACUCCACUCCACUACACCCCGUAAAAACAUUCAAAUCACAAAAUAUAUACAAAAUCGGAAAAUAUACUAAUUUUCAAUACUAAAUGCGAGUUAAAAGCGUAAACUUUUUCAGCAAUAAAUGAAAACAAUAAAUAAAUUAAAUUAAACGUGUAACUCACAUACAUACAUACAUAUGCAUGGCAUAGCAUAGCUUAAUGAGUAACGAGCGGUUUAUGGCAACGUUACAAAUUCCAGGCGAACAGCUAACAUACUGAGUUCACGUUCUUGUUGUUAAUAUACACGUACAUAUGUGUGUGUGUGUGUGUGU